AUGCCCAAUUCACGCUCUACGCCCAACAUCUACUCUUCCGACCGUGCCAGGAACACCCUCUCCCCCCAGCGUCGUGACCCGGAGGUCUCCUCUCUCUUCUCCAGUGACAAGGACUUCACUCACGUCCCCCGUCAGUAUCACCACUCUCCCCUACGCCAGAACGAUCACUCCGGGAUGGCGGCCAGCGCCUCACUGGCCUCCCGCUACGAAGCCUCUCUCUCCUCGACCAGGACGGGCAACAAGGUGAUGACGCCGGCUGAGUUUGAGAGAUACCAACAACAGCAGGCCCAGAGACCUCCCAGCGAACCCAGUUCUGACGAGGAAGACGAGGUGGAGAGUGAAGACGACGAGGAUGAAACCGAAAAGAGGAGACAGGCCGCCGCACAGAGGCAGAAGCAGGAAGCUCACCUGUCCGUUUACCGGCAGCAGAUGAUGAAGAUCACAGGCGAACAGAAGAAGGCCUCGACCACCAAUGAUGCUGCCGCUAGCUCGGAUUCUGUCACAGGUCUCGGCGCCGCCAACCCGAACCGCAGGUCGGUCCUCGACCCCAUGGAGGCGGCCAACAACACUACAGCAUCGACCUCUCCCGGUAUAUCUCCAGGCCUCUCUCCAGGAAUUGGCCCAUCGAAACUCUCACCCUCUGAGGGCGAGGAGGACGACGAUGUGCCUCUCGGCAUCCUCGCUGCCCAUGGCUUCCCACACCGCAAUCGCCCUCCGUCUCAUCUCGCCGUGUCACAUUCUAAUCCCAACCUCAACGCCUCCUUCCAAUCCGGAUCAGCUUCGAUUGCUGGCAUGCAGGACGGCCAGUCCAAACGAAGCACCCUCCCUGUUUUCGCUCGAAACCUGCCUAAAGACCCCUACUACGGCUCCAGUCUUGUCAACCCGUCACACCGUGAGUCUCUUGCUCUCGGCGGUGGCAUUCCGGGCGUGAACCUCAAUACAGUAAACCUAGGACCGCCCGGUCUUCCUCCAGGCGGCCUUGUAGGUGUCAUCGCGUCCGAAGAACGAGCCCGCGCAAUGCGUCGUGGCAGUCCCAACGCGCAGGGUGGAUAUGACAUGUCCACGCCGCAGGUUCACACCAAUUUCCUCGCUCCGCAACCCCAGAUGCAGAUGGGCGGCCUGCUGGGACAACUCCAGCAACACCAGCAGGCCCAAGCUGGCCUGAUGAGCGGCAUGCAUAACAAUGGUCUAGUUGGACAAGCCGGAACUGUCAAUCCACACAAUCACCAUCACCCGUUCCCCCAGGCCGGCAGUGUCGGCGGUCCCGCCGACCAAACUCAGAUGCAAGUCUCACAACAAAUGACAAAUAUGAUGCAGAUGCAGAUGCAAUGGAUGCAACAGAUGAUGCAAAUGCAAGGCGCACAGGGCCAGGCGCCAAAUCCCGAGCCUGAAUGCAAGCGCGUCCUCCCUCCUACAGCCACCGAACCCGAGCCAGAGGGCGGUUCUUCGGAUGGGUUUCCAGUCCAUCUUCAGUUUCGCGGACCACCACAGGUCGACCACCGAACGCUCAGCAUGCUCGACCCGUCCUCGGCCACCGCCGCAUGGGCCGGCGGCCAUACGCCAGCAAACCGCGCUUCGUUCCUGAUGACGCCAGAUAUGGGCGGCCCUUCUCUCGGCAUGGCACCAGGCUACGCCCCUUCCGUCGCACCCUCGGAGCGUAGCAACAUUGGCGCAGCGUCGAGAUACCGCCCCGUAUCGACGAUCGCACCACAGGCCAACGGGGCCCAUCGCUCGUCAACCUUCACUGCCACGACGUUGCGGCCAUGGGCGGAAGAGCGACCGGCGCCCCUGGUCCAGUCAGCCGCGAACAAGUCGAACACAAAUCUCAGCACCAUGACCCCCUCGACGACAGAGACGACUCCCACAGUCCGUCCUGUCAGCUCCAUGUUCCGUCGUCUGUCGCCCAUGCUAGGUGGAAGCAGCGGUCGCACCUCCGUAGCCGGCAUGCCAAACUCCGGCCCAGGCGACGAGGACGACGACGAGCAAGGAUGGGCUGAGAUGAUGAAGAAUCGCGAAAAGAAAAAGACUGGCUGGAAGUUCAGACGUCAUGGCGGCGAGAACUCGGGUUCCCUGGGCGACUACGUUCAUCCCACCGCGAUAUAA